AGAAAUAGGAACCAAGACUCUUGCUUUCUUUGUUAAGAGUCAACCCUUCCCUCUGCUUCUCUUCGUUAUUCUGCCAAUCAGUUGUGAAACCCUAUGUGAACAUGGUGCCCCGAUAUGGCCUACUCACACGCCGGGAAGAGGCAGUGCCACUGAAGGGCAUCUCUGUCGCCUUGUCUGUCUACGAGUUUGUGGCGGGGGUGUCUGCCACUUUAAACUAUGAGAAUGAGGAGAGCGCUCCUGUGGAAGCCUUCUUUAUGUUCCCCAUAGACGACGACUCCGCUGUCUAUAGCUUCGAGGCCUUGGUGGAUGGGAAGACAAUUGUGGCCGAGUUACAAGACAAGAUGAAGGCCCACACCUCCUAUAAUGAUGCCAUCGCCCAAGGCCAUCAGGCUUUCCUGCUGGAGGAGGACAUAAGUUCCAGGGAUGUCUUCUGUUGCAAUGUGGGCAACCUCCAGCCUGGGUCAAAGGCAGCACUCACCCUGAAGUAUGUGCAGGAGUUGCCUCUGGAUUCAGAUGGGGCCUUACGCUUUGUGCUCCCAGCUGUCCUGAAUCCUAGGUACCAUCUCUCCCGAUGUUCUGCAAACUCAUGCUUCCAAAUGAAGAUGCCUGUAUUUGCUUUGGAGACCCUGCCGUAUACACUCAGCAUGACCACCACCAUCAGUUCUCAGCACGGCGUCCGGAAAGUUGAGUCCAACUGUCAGCUGACUCCCCUUGAGUACCUUGGAAAUGAUCAGACGACUGCUCAGGUUUCGCUGGAUGACGGACACAGGUUUGAUCGAGACGUGCAGCUCUUGAUUUACUAUUGUGAAGUACACACGCCCAGUGUAUCUUUGGAAAUCGGGAAACCAAAAACGAAUGCAGAUUCUUUAAUGGAAGAGAACACUGCGAUGGUAAGUUUCUAUCCCAGUAUCCCAGAAGCUCAGCCACCAAUUACCUGUGGAGAAUUUAUCUUUCUCAUGGACCGCUCAGGAAGUAUGCAGCACCCCUUGAGUAAGCGCGAAAGAUCCAAGAUGCGCAUAGAUAUUGCCAAGGAGACCCUGGUUUUACUGCUGAAGAGUUUACCUGUGGGCUGCUAUUUCAACGUGUUUGGAUUUGGAUCUACCUAUGAGUCAUUCUUUCAAGAUAGUGUAAGGUACACUCAGCAUACAAUGGAAGAGGCACUGAGAAAAAUCACACAUAUGAAGGCAGACCUUGGGGGCACAGAGAUCCUGACACCACUCAAUGCCAUAUAUGGAUCACCCACCAUUCCUGGCCACCCCAUGCAGCUUUUUGUCUUCACAGAUGGAGAAGUCACUGAUACAUUUAGUGUAAUUAGAGAAGUGAAGAGCAGCAGGAAGCAGCACAGAUGUUUCUCCUUUGGUAUUGGAGAUGGUGUUUCCACCAGCCUGGUAAAGGGCAUUGCUCGGGCAACAGGGGGCACUUCAGAGUUUAUCAGUGAAAAGAACAGGAUGCAGACCAAGGCGCUUUUGGCCCUGAAACGGUCUCUGCAGCCUGUGGUGGAGGAGCUCUCCCUGAGCUGGGCUUUGCCUCAGGGUCUGUGUGCUAACGUGCUUUCCCCGGAACAGUCAGUCAUCUUUAGGGGUCAGAGGUUAAUCAUCUAUGCCCAAUUGAGUGGGCCAAUGCCGUCGAAAGAGGAAAGAGGAGAAGUAUGCCUCAAAUACACACUUCAAGGCCAGAGUUUUGAGACUAAGGUAGCAUUUCAUCUACAGCCCAAAUCGGAUGCCAACUUCAUCAUUCACCGCCUUGCUGCCAAGUCCUUGCUUCAGAUAAAGGACAUGGGCUUCAGAGAGACUCCAGCAAAUGACAAGAAAGAAGUGUUGAAGAUAAGCCUUGAGUGUGGAGUCAUAAGCUCCCACACAGCUUUCAUUGCCAUCAACAAAGACCUCAAUCAGCCAGUUCAGAGGCCGCUGGUCCGUAGGGAUAUUCCAAGACCACUGCUGAUGGGUACACUUGCUUCGAUGCCAAGAGGUUUUGGAAGCGGAGUAGGCAGAGCCCCAGGUCUUGGUGGUAAACAAAAGAAGAAAUGCAUGCCUCUCAAAGAGACCUCUCCUGCCAUGGGAAGGACUCGUCCUUCUACCCAUAGGACCAACUUGGACACUCAGCAGGAGGGUGAAGUCUUUGAAGAAAAUCACCUCGUGCAGCUGAUUUCCCUCCAAAAGGCAGAUGGUUCUUGGGAUCUGAAUGAGGGUUUAGCGUUGGUCCUAGGUUUUAGUGUGGAAGACCUGCUGGCCGCCUUUCCUUUCAAGAAUAUGGAUUCUACAAGCUGGGCAACUGUCCUGGCUCUGAUCUGGCUGCACUGCAAUGGUAAGGAGCUGCAGAGUGAGUGGGACCUGCUGGCAAAGAAGGCAGUGGCCUGGAUUCAUAUCAAUAUAGGCCCCGCCAUGCAUCAGCUUAUGGAAGCUGCUGUUGAUCUCCUAAAAUCAACUGUGGAUCCUAAAAGCAUAGUAACCUCAUGAGGACACCAAAAGGCAACACAAGCGCCACUUCUCAGCUAUUGCUCCUUCCGUUGCUCUUUCUUCUGCUGUGAUGGAUGUUAGCAUUUUAUGUUACCAUUUCCACCAGUGCUUUGACCUAAAAGGAAAGGAUAAACACCCAAUACAUUCUCUCUGUUUCGGCUCCCGCCGUGAUUGCGAUCUUUCUUUCUUGAGUCAUGUUUUCUCAGACAAAUGUGGAUAGUCCCAGAACUUGUUCUCUUUCUUGGACUGGUUUUAAAUUUUCAAAGACAGUUAGCGUUUCUUCCAACUUUCUUCUGAGCAAUAAAGGACAAAAAUGACAUGAACUAAAGGUUGCAGUAUCGAUGCUAGGGAAAGCCUAAACUAGAAAACGUUCUUCAUGGUUUCUAUCCGUUCACCAGGAUAAGACUAGUGAACCAUGAAGAUUUUUAUUCUUGGGAGAUGAGGUUGAUAGCAAACAUCAGUGUAGCCAAGUCUCAGAUGCACAAAGAGAUAAGACUCCAAGGGCCAGUAGUAGUUGGCACCACUGGAGACCGUCCUGACUGUAUUUCCUUGGAAAACUAGCUUUAACUACAUGCCUUUCCUCCAACUUCCUGAGAACUUUGAGUUGAGAUGCAUCUAUUGAAGACAGAUGUUUCUACUUAAUCAAUUUGCUGACCCUUAUGGCCUAUGCAUACGCUCUAUCCUAAUGGAAAUGAACCUGUUUAUGUGCUUAUCAUAAAAUACUGGUUUAUCAAUAAUAAAAUGUCUAUUGCUACACUGUAUUUUGUUUUGUAAAUCAUACAUUGGAUCUGCAUAUGUUUUAUUAUCCUUCAUUUUCUUUCCCAAGGUUUUGAAUACCCUUACUGUUGACCCUGUAUCAUGAGCCCAUGUCUUCUGGUGUAUGCUUAUUUCUCUUUUUAAUAUGAGGAAUGUUAAAGUACUUUAGUAAGAAACGCUUCAUCAGGCUAAAUAGUUAAGUUAUCAUGGUCUACUGAUUUAAACCUUCUGGAGUUUAGUAUGUGCAUUAAAGAAACUGAGACCUUGAAAA